AGAGAAGAACAGUUUUAUAUGUCGAAAACGACGACGUAUAGUGUACUUUCCUUCAUUUUCCCAGACCUCUCUUAAAUCCCAACUCAUCAGAGACCCUACUGCUUUCAACAAUGGCGUCCUCAGCCACUCGGCGCACAUUAUUCACUGUUCUUAGCCGAAGCCUCUCUUCAUCUUCAUCAUCUUCUUCUUCCUUCUUACUUCCAUCUCCUAUUUCUUCUCGCCUGCGUUUCGCUUUUCCUCUCCUCAACAGACAGGUUCAAAUAACCCCUAAUUCAUUUAAUCUUCCUAUUCGAUGCAAGGCUUCGGAAUCCGAAUCCUCUCUACUCAACGAUCCUUCUCCUAAUUCGAGCAAGCGACCUCCAAAAGAUUCAAUACCCUACGAUGGCUGCGAUUACGAGCACUGGCUGAUAGUGCUGGAUUUUCCUAAUGACCCGAAACCAUCGGAGGAAGAGAUGGUUAAUUCUUAUGUCAAAACUCUGGCCGCUGUUGUCGGAAGUGAGGAAGAGGCGAAGGAGAAAAUAUACUCAGUUUGUACUACCACGUAUACUGGAUUUGGUGCAUUGAUUUCGGAAGAGCUUUCUCGGAAAAUGAAAGAAUUGCCAGGUGUUCGAUGGGUUUUUCCAGAUUCAUAUCAAGAUGUUCCGAACAAAGAUUACGGAGGUGAUUUGUUUAUUGAUGGAAAGGUCAUCCCAAGACCACAGUUUAGGCAUAAUGUUACACAACAAAACAAUCGUAGUCCUUCACGGUAUGGUAGACACUGAGAAACUGGGCAAGUUGAUGUGGGAGCUGAUUUAGACAUAGAACUGGAGUCAAGAGUAGAGUGAUCCAAUGCAUCCACCACCCUCCAUAGAUUGUCAAAAUAGAGCUCAAAGUGGUGUUGGAGAUCUCUUGACAAAUCCAGUCCAGUUUAAUCAGAGCAACAUUGGUUGAUGGAUGCUUUAAAAUGUGAAGGUUUAUCGACUCCUUAAUGCAUGACGAAUCUAGGAGAGUUUAGAAUCUUUACUUAUCAACAUUCCAAAUAUUCAUCAAGUAUGAGUUUUAUGUCAGUCCUCAAUGCAUUUAGAUCAAGGAAUCAUAUAUAUAUAUAUAUAUAAAUGUAGCAUCUAAAUGAAUUGAAUAGAAAUAUUUAGUAAGUUGUAUCUGGAUUUUCUUUAUUUCAUUAGCAAUAGGUCCAGAGAUUAAAAAGAAGCCAUAGGGAAUGAUUGAACUGUUCCUUGGAUGUGAACUCUCAUUAAUUACCAAUUGAUAUGAUGAAAUUUAACUAAUAAUUCAAUCAUUUAGUUUUGUA